UAACAGUUUCCUCCUCCCAACUCCCUCCUCCCCAUGAGAGGCCGAACCCUCACCUUCCCCACUCAACCCACCCAAACCCCUCUCUCUCUCUCUCUCUCUCUCUCUCUCUCUCUAAGAUACUAUGUUCCAAGGAAACCCUAACCCUAGGCGUCGCACCUCACCCUCUGACACCGCCGCCGCAGCUCGACUCCGCCGCCGUCCGAAAGCGGCGAUCAAGAUCCUACCCCGCACCGCCUCCGAGCCCGUCCUCUGGACCCCCCGAUCGACCUCCGGCGGCGGCGACGACGACGACCCCGAUCGGCGGCGAUCGCCGACGAUCGCCGCACAGAUCGGCGGCGGAGGCGGCGACCUGUCGACCUCGUCGUCGCCGUCGCUCUUCGCGCGGGCGCCGCGCUCCCCAGCGGCGGCGCUCGGCGAGCGGUGGGGGGAGGCGAAGGUGGUGGUGAGCGUGACGGUGGAGGGGAGCGCGGGGCCGGUGCGGGCGAUGGUGCGGCUCGGGGCCAGCGUGGAGGAGGCGAUCGCCGCGGUGGUGGAGAGGUACGGCCGAGAGGGGCGGAGCCCUAAGCUCGACCCCGCCGCCGCCGCCGCGUUCCAGCUCCACCACUCCCACUUCUCCCUCCAAAGUUUGAACAAAAGUGACAAGAUUGGAGAAGUUGGGGGCAGGAGCUUCUAUCUUCGCAAGAACAGCGGAAACAAUUCCUUCAAUUUUGGCCAAGGAGAUAGUGAUAUAAAGACCAUCAGCAGUGAAAUUAUCCUGUUCAAUCCGAGAUCUGUGGCGAUUGAUCCUCCCAACUUCUUCUCCUUUAUUAUAAAGAAGUUGAACAAGAUCGGCAGAAGAACAAAGAAGCUUUGGAGGAUGGUGACUUGUAUAACCUGCUUAUGAUGUUGUUUACUAAUUGUAAGGAGCUAAGCACCCUUCUCUGGUUAUAGUAGGGUAAAUUGCACCAAGGAGUCCUCAAAGUUAUAGCUACUCUUAGUUUGGUCCUCACCUUUCAAAUAUUGCAUUUAGGCCCCUCACUUUUUUGGUUAAGUUCCUUCGCCAAAUUGGAUAGGAAUAUCCACAUACUCGUCAUCUAACUGCCGCUUGGCGAUCUUUGGACUUCUUAUAUGGUGAUUAUGUGGGCAUUUCUACUCAAUUUAACGAAGGAAUUUAAUGAAAGGAGUAAGAGUUUGAAACCAAAAGCGGAAGCUAGGGACCAAACUGUAACAAUUGAAACGACAAGGACCUGAUUGAAACCUCCUAUGUUGCAAUUUACCCAGUAAUGUAGCUUUACUACGGACGUUAUAUUCCUUUGAUAUAUUCUGCAGGGUUCUCCAUACUUUUGUAUUAUAACGGGGUGUGUGUAUAUAUAUAUUUGUAUAGUACAAAUACGAUGAUUGGCUGGUUUUUUUGAUGGCUAAUCAAAAAAUUCAUAAUUAUCUUACAAUGUAAUAUAGUUCAAUGUGUUGCAAUUGUAUAUAACCUGGUGUUUCUUCUGAUUGUAACAAUAUUCCUGAUAAUGCGACUUGUAAGAUGAAAUAAAUGUGCAAGGAGAGUUUUAUUUUU